UAAACACUUUCAAGAUCCUCUUUUGGUAUGUGAUCAUUACCAUACCAUAUAUGUGAUCAACCCACAUCAUUUUCCUACUAGUUUGCUUUGGUCCUAGGGCAUGAAUAGAAAGCAGAAGUAUUUCAUUUUGUGUGGUUGAAGUUAUCUGUCUGAGGUAUAAGCAAAAGCUAGGAAACAAAUAAGCCAAAAAGGACUUUUCCUGUGUUUGGAGUGUUGGAAUCUUAGAAGACUAAAUCUUUAAGUAUCCUGACAUUUGGGAAAGGAAUAUACUGCAGUGUCCUGUUCAGAAUCCUGGCCUAAUAAAAUGCUUGGAGAAGCCUUCUUAAUUGAACUCCUAUACAAAGAACAGACAUAUACCUUUUGCAAUCCACUUACAUGUAAGAAGACCUCAAAUGAUAAAAAGGAAACUUGGAAAAAGCAGCUUUUAGAUAUAGAAGACAAUUCACUUUCUCCUGAUCAAAUGGAAAAUCAACAUAAGGUUGUGAAAGAAAGUUUAACACAGCAAAUUAAUGAUACAAAUAAAAUAAAAUCAGUGGAUGAGAUAACUGUAGCAAAAUGCAAAAGUGCAUCCCUGCCAGGAAAUGUGUCUGUUGCAUUGCCUAUUCCAAAAAGAGAACAACAUGAUGAAAGACAACUGGAUUUAUACCGUUCUUGGUCAUGUACAAGUAUUUGCCAAAAUUAUCCUGACCUACAGAUCGGAGGAGACCACGUGGGGAACAUGUAUGACUCAGGCUGCUUUGUGGAACAUGUACGUGAUGAUGCUUUUAAUGGUCCCCUUUUACUUUCAGUAGAUAUGCCGCUGGGUCAUUCUUUUAUCAGUGAGCCCCUAGAGAAACCACCUGCCUCAAAACUUUUGAAUGGGGAUGAAAUUCGAGAAAAAAGUAUGUUGCUUCAUAAGCAGCCCCUCUCGAACUCUAUGCUUAAUAGUUACAUGGAAAAAAAGGUGGAAGAACUCUACAAACAAUUUUUGGAAGAAAAUCUCACUAAGUGCCUUUCUAUAACCAAUCUUAUGACUUCCAAUGUUCUAAUGAAUAAUGUAAAUCAGAUUAGCCUUCACAUCUCUCAAGAGCACAACAUAGAGGCAUCAAAAGCACGGGAAGCUCUCCUACAUUCUUUAGCAAGAUGUAAUCUUUGUAACAUUUCCCAAGGGAACAGUUCUGAAUUCAGCACUCCUAACCUACAAAUAUCAAACCAGAGAAGUAGGGAAUUUGUAUCACGUCUACUUCAGGGACCAAUUAUAGGUUCGUUGGACUGAAGAGACUGGAGUAACAAUAGUUUUCUCUGGUUUAUCAUGUCACAUCAGGCAUCUUUUGGGGUGUGGUUAUUACAUUUUUCGAGAAAUUAUUUGACCAAUGGUACAUCUACAUUAUUUUAGGAGACAAUUUUAAUAAUUAAGUUUUAUGACCAUAUUUUCUAAUUAUUUUCACAUCUUUUGUGGUUGCCACAUUCAGAUUUGUAAAUUCUGUAUGUACUUAUCUAAUCUGCCAGCAUCCCAGAUUGAUUACCUAACUUUCAUGCAUCAGUUUUAUUUAUCAGAAAAGUAAAAACGUGAGAUAAGGCAAGUAUUAUUGCUCUCAGCUACUGAAAGGACCACUAGAAACAAUAUCAGACAGGAGGCUUUAUUUCUCCACAAAAAUGUUUAAAGACAUAUGAGCAGUGCUUGAAUACCCUUUCUUUUAUUUUCAACAUAUGGAAUGUGUUUUACACUGACAAUCAGAAUAACAUAAGGGAAAUUCUUCAAACUUUAGUUAUAUUUAAAUGAUAUUUGAAAAAAUUAUGGAAAAGAUACUUAAGGAAAGGGUAGAAUUUGCCAUUGAAAUUUGCAAUUGAAACUUGAUGCUUUUGAACUUUCCUGGGGCAAGCAUCAACUUUCUUAUAUCACUAUGCUAUGCAUGAUGGUUUCAAGGAAUGGGUGGAAAGAAAGUAUACAGGUAAAGAGAACAAAGUGUAUGGAGAACCACCAUCUAGAAGUGAAGAGGGUGUCUUGUCAACUUUUUAUACUUCUCAGGUUAUCCUCAAUCAAGAUCCUGGUUUAGGAUGAAAGUCAACAGUAUGUUAUGGCAAUUUUGGAAUCUAAAUUCAAUUAAUUAAUUAACAAAAUAUACCUAAAAGAAUGGUACUGUUUGUUGUAGACUUGGAAACUAGGCUACACAUAACAGUUUAUACUUCUCCUAGAUAUAGUUAAAUGAUUGGCAUGCACCUUUGCUUGUAAAAUAAAACUGUAUGAAUUUCUCUAAUGAAAUUGUUAUGAUGGCUUUAUAUGUUAACAAUAUUUAUGCAUUUGCAAUCAUAUAUUCCCUUCCAAUUAUCUCUUUGGCCUUUGAUUAAAUUUUAUAUAAUGAAUUAUCCCAAUACCUUCACAGCUUGUUCUUUUUUAUCACACAAUCCCUACCUUAUUUUUAUCCUCUUUAAAUAUGAUCUAAUAAUAAGUACCCCUGAUUUAUCUUCUGUUUUUAUCGUCAUCACUCAUUUCCUCCACAUCUUUCCCCAUAAACCUCCUAAUCAAUAUCCAUCAUUCAGACAUUUGAUUCUGAAUAGACAAUGGAUAAGGGUUUUAGAAAAAACUGACUUAGUUUAUUGUAGAUACUGAAAAACAGUUGUGUGUACAUUGUCUUCUUUACUGCUAAAUUUGUACAUUUUAAUAUGACUUAUAAAAUGAUAAAAUAUUGAUGAUAUUUUUUAUGUUUUUCCAAAGUGAAUUAAAUGUUGUUGAACAACAUUAUUGGUGUGAAGUUUCCUUAGAUACAGUGAUAAUGUAUUAAUACUUUAUUUAUAAGGCAGAUAUAUUUAUAAAUAGUAUUAAGACUACAUAGUAUUAUAUAAAAGGCCAGAGUAUUUAGCUAGUAUCAAAUUUAGAAGUGCUGUUCAAUUUUUCUUUCUUGUAUAUCCCAUUAAAAUGCUUAUUAUCUAAAGAUACCCACUUGUUAAAAUGGCCUAACAAUUCAAUGCAAUAUUUAAAUAAGGAAAAAUGAUACAUUUGGUGUUAUUUUUUUUAUCCUGACCUUUACUGGCUUCACUUAGUGCUAAAAUUAAGUAUGCAUAUGAGAUUGUGGUUUAACAUAUUUUGGCCUUAAGUAGUCACUUUUCAUUCUGUCUUUCUUCAUGGAUUUCAUUUGUAUGACCAUACUGUUCCCUUUAAAAGCAUUGUUCAAAAUGUAUGGAAUGAUAAAUUUAUUUCUGUCUCACUUUUUCAGGAGUUCAAAGUAUUAGUUUUGUGCUUAUAUAAAAAUGGAGAAUGUUAAUGUUUCAGCAUUUGGGAAGGAUAAUCCUGUUUCUGAGCAGGGAAUAAGUUGAGGAGGUUAAGAAUGAUACCAAGUAGAGCCCUGCUCCCUACCUGCAUAGGUCAGGUUAAUUUAUAUCUCAUCUUUGAAUUUCAGGUCAUUAUUGUAGGGCUCAAAGUGGGAUUGACCCAGUCUCAGGUAAUUUUCUCUCAAGAGUGUCCUUAAAUCAUUGAAGCUAAUUCAAGGGAUAGAGUCUAUGCUGGACUCCUGAAGGUUUAGGCUUUCUCUAUCUGUCUUAUGGGUUAGUCUCCCAAAGUAGCCAGUCUCCCUGAGCUUCUUAAGAAUUGAAGUAAUACUGAACUGGUCCACUCAACGUUGUAAGCAGACUUUCUGACUCUUGCCAUUAGCAUUUGUGUCUUAUUAAAA